AUGGAGGUGCCAAAAGCCCGGGGAGCGGGCAGAUCAGGACCGCGCCGACGAACAGGUUGCCUGACAUGUAGAGCGCGCAAAGUGCGCUGCGACGAGUCCAAACCCAGUUGCUCAAACUGCGACCGACUACGACUCCGAUGCAUCUAUAAACCUCCCAUCGCGCUCACGUGGGGGUCAUCUCCAUCUCGUUCCCAUGCGCCAAACCCUGCGACACUCUCAGUGCCAACCAGCCCACCCGGCUCAGUAGGUACAGCUGCCUCUGCAUCUGUCUCUGCGUCUGUAUCAGCAUCAGCAUCGGCAUCGGCAUCGCGCUCUCCCGACAUCAACUUCUUCAACACAGUCCUCCGAUCCGAUGAUCAUUCCAUACCAACCCUCCGACAUCUCCCCGCGGGGGACCCAUACCCCUCCGAAUUCGAUAUGCUUGGGUUUAUGGGCGGCAUCACAUCGGAGCUGGAACAAAAACACCUGGAUUUGACGACUGGCCUUGAUGCUACUUUCACCGCCAGUCCAGCGCAGUCGCUUCCCGGGGUGCUGCCAACCAUGGAGGGCCAAUUUGCGGACCGUCGUACACCGAUCAGCCCAGAUGAGCCUUCUUCGGUUUUGGACGAGACGUCUGUUGGAGGUGGCUCAGAUCGGACGACGCCGCGGGGGAGCUGGUCUGAUGCAGGCGGUACCUCGUACGAGGAUCAGCUUAUACAGCAUUUCCUAGCUAUUGGUCCGCCGGCAGCUCCAUUUGGACCGCUUAAUAUGGAGUGGAAGUAUGUGCGGCCGGCGUUGCUGGCUCAUUCGCGGAGCUAUGGUCCGCUUUUGAAUGCUUUAUACUGUUACACCGAUAUUCAUAAAGCGAUGGUAGACGGGAAACGCUGGCGCUGGGCGCCUACAUAUUACAAAGUUUCCAGCUCGGAGAUCCAGGCUUGUCUUCUUGGCGACGUGGGCGAAUCCACGCUUGUCAAGAUCUAUGCCACUAUUUUUCUUUUAAUGUUAUCCGAGCUUCUCUCAUCGCACGAAAUAUGCGCCGGAACCUCAUUUCUCAAAUCCGGCUACCUCAUCCUCCAACGCUUCCACGACCGCACACGAACAUGGACAGGUUUAGGCCACCUCCUAGUCUCAUGGGUUUCCCUUCUAGACGUCAAAUCCCUAAUAGCAGGGCGCGAAGGCGAUCCUCUAACAGAACUAGGAAAUCUCCCCGAACACGACAUAUCCUUAAAGUCAAUAGAACCUCAAACAUUCCCAACACCACGCACAGCAACUCCAAACGACAACGCAAAAGAAGAGGAAAUCAACGCAGACCCCUUCCGCAGCCCCAGCUAUCUAGUCUACGAGUCAAUCGUAGGCCCCGCUUUCCAAUUCUUCUUCCAAGCGCAACAAAUCGUGCGCAGAAUCGUCUGCAUAGACCUCCACCACCGCAGCCGCGGAACUCUCAGCGACGAAUUCGAAGUUCUCCAAAUAGCCCAUAAAGUAGGCGCCGAUCUCGAAACACUAUGGCACAAACGGCCCGCUGUAAUAGACGUCUAUGGACGCCCGGAGGCACUAGCCGAUACACUAUGCGCGCCCGUCGCAAUGGAAGUCUGCCGCACAUUCCGGCAGUACAUUGCCAGUUUCCUGGCUAACUUUAUUUACCUGCACCGCGUGGCUUUUGCCAUCUAUCCUCGUACAGACCGGGUCAAUGGCGCCGUGGAUCAGAUUAUCCAGCUCGCUACUGUUGAAUCGGCGGCGCCGGGUCAUCUUCCGGUUAGUUUUAUGUGGCCGUUAUUUGUGGCAGGCUUGGAGGGGUCGAGUGACCAGCGGCAGUGGAUUGUUCAGGAAAUGCAUCGCAUGGCGUCUGUUCCGGCGACUGAUGCUGUUACUUCGCUUUCGCGCCAUCCGGCUGCUGAUAAGGUUCUCUUGUUGCUUGAGGAGAUGACGAGGCGGCAGGAUGCUUCGAGAACGUGGGCUGAUUCGAAGUGUGUGAGGAGGGAGUUGUUUUCGGAUUUCUUUGUGGUGAUUUGA